UUCCCAGAGGCAUUGAAAACUUCCGGGCACUUUCGCCAAAAAGUGAAACCAAAAGGGGAAUGUCAACAGUUUUAUGAUAUAAGCGUCGAUAUUUUAUGACUUGUAUUAUGGCCUCGGUCAACAGAAGUCCAGAGGAGGAUUCAGCAAUGCAAUUGGAAAGAUCAUUUUCCAUUCAAGAGAAGUCGGAUGAUGAUACAGAAAAAGAUAGUGGGAAUGAAAAAGGUCUAAAUGUUGUGAGGGAAAAUGAGCAAGCGACAGCUUCUGAUGAGGAAUGCUGUGAAGAUAUGGAUGAAAAACUUGACCUAGAACAAAAGGAGAAAGAUAAAGAAGCUUCAAGGAAAUUGUCAGAAAAAGAAAGUGAUGGUGAAGAUGAGUUGGGAGGGCAGUUGGACACAGAGGAAGCCCAAGUGCCUGCUGAACCAUUGAUGGCACCACUAGUACUCCAACACAUGCAGGGCAAUGAACAAGGUAUCAGCACAGGAGAUUCCGAUAAACCCCCAGACACAAUGACAAGAACAGUCACCAUCACUAGCAACGGCGAUCCAAUGGAUGUCCUAGAAAUUGAGAAAUUUAUUGAAAUUGAAGCUGCAAAACUAUUAAGUAAUGAAUUCAGUCCUCUGCAGAUACAAGUUAGUGUGAGCAAUGUUUUUGAUGUCCUUGUGAGACACCCUGAUGAAGAAGAAGUGGUGGCAAGGCUAAUGGUUAACUGUAAUUACCCACAGAUAUGCAUGGCUUUAGUAAGGAAAUACAUGGCAGGGUUUCCUGAAGUUGACUUUGCUGAUGACAUUCACAGGUGGAAACUCUUGAGCAGCACUUUCAAACUUAUCGUAAAAGUGGCUGAUACAAGUAGGGAGUUUGCUAAGGGAAUAGGAUAUGGUUUCCUGCAAUAUGUGAUCGAUAUUUCUAAAAGGGAAAUAUGCAUUGACAAAGUUAAUGAAUAUGAGCACAUUGGUGACACAUUUGCAUGGGUGAUGGAACUGUUUCCAACAUGCUACAGUUCUCUCUCAGUAGAAAUGAAGGGCAGCUGUCAGCAGAUAUUUGAAGGGUUUAUGAAAUGUAAGCACCACGAAACCAAGAAUAAAGCUGGGAAAAGCAUGUUUUUCAUGAUGCUGAAAGACAGCUUAACUGCUCGCAGGCAAAGGACAUCACAUAUGACAGAAAAUGUGCACACAGAAGAAAAUGAGGAACUUGAAAAGGAAAUGAAGCCAGAUGCCAACCGUACUCCUUCAGCUUCGUGCAGACCCUCACAACCACCUCCUCCACCCCCUUCUGCAGACAACCAGUCUGCUAAUACAAAUGAAGAAGAGGCACAGUCUCAUGCUGCCUCUGGUUACCUGUCAGAGCUGAGUGAAGGCCUUACUAGCUUGCUAGGUGGAUUACUUGGGGUUUUGGCACCAGAGAAAAUGGCAGAGAAAGAAGGAGAACAUUUGCAAGAGAUUGGAAUGCCAAAAGUCUUCACGGAAAACAUCAAAUCCUGGUUGAAAGACAAGAACCGCUGGCUGGCCUUUAACCGAGAUGGUCAGAUGUGGGAGGCUGUGAAGGAAUGGUUCAGUAAGAUUUCAGCCAUCAGCAAAUACAGUGAGAGUUUUUGUGUGGCAUUGUGUGAAGUGGGUAUAGUUGAGGCGCUACUAGACAUUAUCACAAACCAACAGAUCAAAGAAGCCUACAUGAGAAAUGAUAAAGCAAAAGAGGUAUUAACAUGGUCUGUCAGCACUUUGCAUAGCAUUUCAAGCCUUAAUAGUUGGGCAAAAUGGUUUCGCUCACUGAAGAUCGAGGAAGCUACCAAGUUCUAUCUUUCGUCACAAAACCAAAAUAUCAAAGGGAUGUCAAUUCUGAUUCUGGCAAAUAUCACUGCAAAACGUGAGAAGGUUGAAUAUGAGUUCACAUUGGAGGAUGUGGAUUUAUUUCUAGCCACUUAUCUUGCUUAUAAAAAGGAAGGGAAGUCACUUGCAAACUUUUUGGCCAAGACAAACAUUCCUGGUAUUUUGGUUGAAAAUCUGGCCACCCACUUAUCAGGAGAAGUUGACUUUCAUGGAGACAUGUGGGAUCAGCUCCACCGCACCUUAGCCAUCCUACAUCUGUUCACAGAUAAAAGCAUCCUGUUUGCUGAGAAAGUGUGCAGGCUGCAAGUCAUUGAGACUGUCAAGACUGUGAUAGGAAAUGAAACUUACAAAUUAAGAAGAGGGGAAGAAAAUGUGCUGCGCCUCCUCCAGGUCUGCCUCAGCAUUAUUCAUCAUUCGGCCAGGAGUCCAGAUAAAACCCAUAUUCUGGUACCAGGCCUUUUCCCUCACUUAGGAUUCUAUGCAAAGUUGAAGGUUGUUGAUUCCCCACUACGCUAUUCUUCCUUUUUGACUUUUGCACAUGUUUAUGGUUGUAAACAUGCUGGCCACUUGAAUGUGAGGGAAAUAGUAGGAAGCUUCCCUGCAAUAGGCCUUGGGGAAGAAGAACUUGAUUUUGUGAACAAUAUGUGGAAUAGUGCAAACUCAGAAGAGGAGAAGGUGUUAGGAGAUUAUCUGGCAGCCACAGGGGGUGCUGUAACACAUACUGAACAGUUACAGAGACUAGUGUUGAAUGUAGAAAACCUGAGGAAUGAUUCUGAAUUCAGCAGGUUUAAACCUACCAUAGCUAACCUCAACAACCUAGCCUUGGUUUCUGAGGCCUUUUCUCAUGAGGCUUGCAAAAACGGGGCUGUUAAGAGUCUGAUGAAAGUACUUAGUUAUGACAAGUUUGAUCCCAAGGAACUUUCCAGUCGGGAGUCUACCAUUGUUGAACACUGUUUGUCUGCAUUGCAUGGUGUAGCUCAGUACCAGUGCAAUAUGCCAUUCUUUGAAGAGGCUAGAGUUGUUCCUGUUCUUAUACCCUACGUUACUUGCCGUGAUUCAGAGGCCGAAAUGAAGCGCCGAUCCUGGAAUGCACUUGCAUUCAUCCACUACCAUGAUCCCAAGCAGGUGGAAAAUGACAUGGAGAAAUUGAGAGUUACCAGUCUAAGCAGAAAGGACCUCGAGUUUUUCCUCAUCCUGUACAAAACCUCCUCAGCGGAAGUUCAGGAGGUUGUAGGGAAGCUAUUAGCCGCUAUCAGUGUGCCAGAAGUAAUUUGUGAAAAGUUUGUGGAGUCCAGUGAAAGAGCGCAGAAUACCAACGAAUCCCACAGAGAGUGGGAGUUCGUGAAACUACUUCUGCAUAAUGCCUGGAACUACACUGAUGUCUCUGAACUUUUCUCUAAUAAACUGAGAGAUGCAGGCAUGUUUAGCACCUUGCAAGAUAUUUUGAAAAAUUCAGACUUCAAGGACAAGCUGAAUAUUGAUGAGAACAUAAAGGAUGUUAUAUUAUCCAUUUGCAACAUUAUCUUCAAUUGUGUCCAGUUUGAAAGCAACCAAGAACAGAUGUCAGAUCUAAGGAUCAUCAACGACCUACUGCAUUAUUGUAAAGCAGACAUCAAAUGUAAUAAGAUCAAAGCUGUUGCCACUUUAGCCAUUGCUUUUCUUGUUGAUGAAGACAAUUCACAUUUAGUGAGAGCAGAUUCCAAAGCUGGCGUGAUCCGUUUUAUUUUGGAUACUCUUGAGGACUGUUUGUAUCACACAGAUCUUAGAGCUGGUGGAUUCUCCUCCAUAGAACUACUGAGGGGUCUGUGCCAAGUGGCCAUGAAUGAUGCCAACAAGGUCAUCUUGGUCUAUGAUGGGAUAGUUCCCAUUAUUACCUCUCUCUUGCGUUCUGGAGGUUCAGAGGAAAAACUGCUGUCAUCCAAGCUCACCUGGCUUUUAGCAUUUCAGAGAGAUAAUAAGCAAGUGAUGAGAGAUGAUGAAAAUCUGGUGGCAAUGUUGGAGCAAGUUGAACAUGACACCUGCAAGGAACUGAGGCACUAUGCACAAGGAGCUUCAUUUGAACUGCACAAGACCCAAGAAAAAAUCAACAAAGUACUUGAGGAGCACUUCAGACCAAGAGGAAGCCCAAGGCCCAGUGGAUGGAGAUAUGAUGUCAUGCUAAGCUAUCACCCAGAGAGUAGGCCUGUUACCAAGCUGGUUUGUGAAGCUCUGCAUCAAGAAGGCCUGAGAGUUUGGAUGGCGGAAGAUGAGAUGUCCUUUGGGGCAGCAACAGAAGCCAUUGAACAGUCAACCAUGGUGCUGAUGGCAAUGGACCACAGGUAUCACACCAGUGCUCGCUGUAGAUCAGAAGCUGAAUAUGCCUUUGACCUGCAGAAGUCUGUGUUGCCAAUGAAGAUGAAAAGAUCAUUUAAACCAUGUGGUUGGAUGGGGAGAUUUGUUGCUGGGAAAAUGUAUGUGGAUUUCUCCAAAUGUCAGGAAGAUGCAGGUUUUUCAGACUUGGUGAAGGAGUUAAUUGAAGAGAUAAGAAUGGUGCUGAGAUAUGCUAAUGAGAAACCUGUGUUUUUGUAAACAUCUUUUGCUGCCCCUUGGACUGUUUAAUGUGCCUUGUAACAAAAUGCAUCACUAGUAAGGUCUCUAGAGUGUGGCAGAAAUAACUGUGAUAGAACAAAGACUGUAAAUCAGUGGUGUUUUUGGUAAUUAAAAUACUCCACUGUAUCUCAUGCUAUUGUCUCUAAGUAUUUAUCUGCUGAGUAAGAUAAAUUAUGAUUUUAUCCUUGCACUGUGUGUAUUCGUAUUUUAUAUACAAACUCGAUUUAAGUUACAUAAUUCUUAUAUAGUGGCCCAAGGUGAGCAAUUAUGUGUCUGUGCCUACAUGUACAUGUCAGCUUACAUCUGUUGUUGAUUACAUUUAUGAUUCAUUCUAGACCUUUGGUUAGACUGAAGAUGAAAUAAGCUGAAAAAAUGAGUGCAACUAAUUUUGAUGAUAUUUAAUUUGAAUAGUUAUAACAGAACUAUCAUUUCAGUUAUCAUGACUGAUCUUAUAAUAGUGUUACAAAAUAUAACAAAGUCUUCAAAACAUUUUUUCCCAUUAUUUAACAGUAAUUGUUGAUCUGUGAAUGAUAAUUUUUGGGAUCCACGAUUUUGCUGAGGGAGGUUGGUACAUAAGAGGUGAGCCAAUGGUAAACUUUAUAUUAACCAUACUUCUCUUGGCAUGGAAAGAAAAAAGAUCAUAGCUGAAGCAAAAGCAUGUGUCCUCCUUUUUCUUAUCCACACACACAGAAAAGAUACACAUGCAUAUAUGUCAUCAAAGCAUAUUCUUUUGUUCACUGCUAUAACUUGUAAUUUGAAUUUCUGUGGGUAAAAUAAAGCUUUAAUUGAUU